AUGGACUCCUCGAGCCCAAACAAAUCUCAACUCCCAUAUCGACCUCGAGACUACAUUUCCAUCUUCAUCCACACCCUGCACUUACUCGACCUUGACCUCCUCCCGGACUUCCCACCCACACUCACCGAAUCCACUCUGCGCAACAGUUCGCCCAAAGCAGCACCUCCAACAAAUUUGCAGCAACGCGUCAAGAGUGUCGAGUGGGCUUUGUACCGACUGUUUGAGACUUACGAUCCCGUCGAGACCAGGGAGAAACUACAACCUCACUUCCCACCAUCGACACCGAGGGAUUCCCUCAACCUACGCGCAGCCUUGUACAAGUCGUUGACGGAAUUGAAAAAGAAUGGCUCGUUACCCAAGGAAACGGUACUACGCAAGACAAUGCUAGACGAGUGCAAGGGUGACAAGUUUGAAGAAUUGCUCGCUUCGUUCGGAAUGCUCGUUCUUCGAAAGAAAGUGGAUGACGACCAUCGAGACGGGAAGAAGAGCAAAAACCCAAACCCAAACCAGAAUCUAAAGCUACGAGAUGUUAACAAAAACACUGAACAAAUAAUACCAAUACUUUUGGCUCACAGGACAUCUCUGCAAAACACACUUCAACAGAGACGAAGCCUAAAAGAGAAUGCGGCCACCCAGACGGACGAGAUAAGACGAUUGCGCGAGGAUAUUGGAAGACGAAUACAAAGCCUGACUCAAGAUACACUGCCCGAGGACGAGUUUAGGAAUGAGGAUGACGACGAAGACGAAGGUCUGAAAGAUCGUCUGAAUCAUGCUUUUGCCAUGGACAGGCGAUGGGCAACGUUCCUCCUUGAAGGCACCACUGCUCCUAGGCUGGCCUUGUCCGAUACAGACACAUCAUCACAAGAAUACCCAGACGAUAAAAGGAAUGAUACGUUUGUAAACGACGCGGACACGUCGAAUGAACCCAUGACACAACUUCUCGAGUCGCUCGAGGACCGACGAUCGCAUACUGAGCGAUUGAGGCGUCUUCGCGAUAAUGUACAUCGCUCGCCACCGGUUGAGACGACGAGGCAUAGCAUUCCCUCUGGGAAAUUCUCCGCUGCUGCUGUUCUGGCCGAUGCUGGACAUGACGAUGAGGCCAGUGUCAACCAUAAUAAUACCCAAAAGACAGUGCGUUUCGGUAGACAUCAAGCCUUGUACUUAGGAGCCCUCUCUACCUAG